CGCUCACUUUACGCUCAUUAGGUCUACGUAAAAGCAUAGAGGGAGAUUCUUUCAUGUUGAGCUGAAACGAUCACACAGAGGCAGAGCAGUCCAUGGAGGGACACACACCUGUUUCUGAAAACCCGCAUGCAGAGUACGGCCUGACAGACAACAUCCAGAGGACAGUGGAGAACGAGAAGGCGAGUGCGGAGAAGAUGUCGAAGCAGAAGGUGGACCUGCAGGCGCUGCCGACCCGAGCGUACCUGGACCAGACGGUGGUCCCCAUCCUGCUGCAGGGCCUGUCGGUACUCGCCAAGGAGAGACCUCCAAACCCGAUCGAAUAUCUGGCUGCGUUCCUGCUGAAGAACAAAUCCCAGUUUGAAGAGAGAAAUUAAAGACUCAUCAGUAGAAACUCAUUUCUGUUCGUUCAUCAGCUGUUUUAUGUUUGUUUUUUUUUAAAUCAGAAAUAAAGAACAUGGUAGAGGA